CCCUUCUCAGCUUCUUCACAUGCACUGCACGCAACCCGCGCGCCUGAACAAUUGAACAUGGCGAGUGGCGGCUACUACGACGACCAUAGCACGGCCUACCGCUACAACUACUCACCGGCGCCGGCGCCAAGGGCAACGUCCUUCCACCUCUGCGUCUUCCUGGCCACGGCUGCGCUGCUCGGCGCCACCUCGCUCUACACGCGCUGCGAGUCCGCGGUGGAGAGGCUGGUCGACCAGGUCCGGCUCGCCGUCGUGCUGUCCCCACUGCUGUUCCUGCUCGCGGUGCAGUACUGGGCGGCCACGGGUGCUCGGCGGGCGCGGGGCGGCGGCCUCUCGUCGCUGCUGGUGGGGCAUCAGUCCUGGUACGACGGCCCGGGCCAGCAGCGGGACGGCGCGGGGGCGUCGUCGCCGUGGGGCGUGGCGCUGGUGCUCGCGCUGGUGCUGCUGCUCGUCUCCUACCAGUCGUGCUUCCAGGACAUGUGGUUCCCGCUGAUCAGCCGGCGGUGAGCUGAGGUCUGGGAGUGGCAGACUGCACUUCUUGCAGGUUGCAGCUCGCCGGAGAUGAUCGCGAAGUGGUGUUUGGUAGUGAAGCGGUGACAUCGACCGUCCGACCGAUCGACAAAGUAGCUACGCAGAUCAAAUUUGGGUCACUGGCUGGAGAAUUGGAGCUUGGAAGACAAGAUAUAUUUUUUCUUCUGUCUGGACUAAUUCUGGAGGCCGGAGUGUCAGUUAGCUCAGACACUGACCAGGCUGUGAUCAACAUUAUUAGAUGUAAUUAUUAUAAUGAUAGCAAAAUGAAUAGUAAAUAAAGCUCGUGCAUCCAUCACAUCCUUUUAGUACCAUUUUGUUCUCCCACUUGUGCGAAUCAGGAUAUGUGAGCACCAUUUUGCAGUUUUGCACAUUAUACGUGUCCUACCUUUUCACUUUCUUGACAAAAUAUCGAAGACAACGUACACAGGGGUUUAACAAGGAAGAAAUAUACACUAUUAACAGGCUGCCAGGACACGCAGAUUAGGCUGCAGUUCUGCAAGGAUCAAUGUACA